CCCGCUGGGCGGGGCAGGCGGCGCGGCCGCUCCCGGGCUGGCACCGAGCGGAGCGGCCGCCGGUCGCGGCGGAGCGAUGAUCCGCAGGGAAGACACCGAAAAGGCAGUGGAAAUCCUUACAAGAUACCAAAGCACCCUGCUGUCCCCAGAGGAACAGGAGUUAAAAGCCUCCAUCGGAAAGAUCUCGCACAUCUUCCAAAGUGAACUAUUCCAGGCUCUGCUGGAUAUCCACGAAUUCUACGACUUCACACUGCGCUCUGCACCCCUGCAGCCUCCCGGCCCGGACGCACAUUGCAGCACAGCCCGGCAGCAGCAUGGGGCCGGCAAGCCCGGCUCCUCAGACACCCCCAGGGAGCCCCAAAAUCUCCCCGAGGAGCCGGCCGAGGACGGUGAGCGGAGGCUGCCCGUGGCCACCUGCAGGACGCCGGGGACCCCUCCACGGCUGGUGAGGGUGACGGCCCGCAGGACGGAGGCACCGACCAGCGUCUGCAGCCUGGUGCUGGGCUCCCGCAGCGCCCUGCCCCAGGCCAACCCUGCUCCCAUUAUCGUGAACACAGACUCGCUGGAACAAGGGCUCUCUGUGAACGGCAGCGAUGGGAUGUUUAAAUACGAGGAGAUCGUCUUGGAAAGGGGUAACUCCGGCCUCGGCUUCAGCAUAGCAGGAGGGAUCGACAACCCCCACAUUCCAGAUGACCCGGGCAUCUUCAUCACCAAAAUCAUCCCCGGGGGAGCGGCAGCCAUGGACGGACGUUUGGGGGUGAACGACUGCGUGCUGCGGGUCAACGACGUGGACGUCUCCGAGGUGGUGCACAGCAAAGCCGUGGAGGCUCUGAAGGAAGCGGGCCCCGUGGUGCGGCUCGUGGUGCGGCGCCGGCAGCCCCCGCCGGAGACCAUCAUGGAGGUCAACCUGAUGAAGGGACCCAAAGGACUGGGCUUCAGCAUCGCAGGGGGCAUCGGGAACCAGCACAUCCCCGGGGACAACAGCAUCUACAUCACCAAGAUCAUCGAGGGAGGCGCUGCCCAGAAGGACGGGCGUCUGCAGAUCGGGGACCGGCUGCUGGCGGUGAAUAACACGAACCUGCAGGACGUGCGGCACGAGGAGGCGGUGGCCGCCCUGAAGAACACCUCCGACAUGGUGUACCUGAAAGUGGCCAAACCCGGCAGCCUGCACCUCAACGACAUGUACGCGCCCCCCGACUACGCCAGCACCUUCUCAGCCUUGGCUGACAACCACAUAAGCCAUAACUCCAGUCUGGGCUACCCGGGCAGCGUGGAGAACAAACCUGCCUACACCGUCCCCCCUCAAGUGACCCCCUCCAGGUACUCGCCCAUCCCUCGGCACAUGAUUGGGGACGACGACUUCACCAGAGAGCCCCGGAAAAUCAUCCUGCACAAAGGCUCCACCGGCCUGGGCUUCAACAUCGUCGGGGGGGAAGAUGGAGAGGGCAUCUUCGUAUCCUUCAUCCUGGCCGGAGGUCCCGCCGACCUCAGCGGGGAGCUGCGGAGGGGCGACCGCAUCCUCUCGGUGAACGGCGUGAACCUGCGCAACGCCACCCACGAGCAGGCGGCGGCGGCGCUGAAGCGGGCGGGGCAGACGGUGACCAUCGUCGCGCAGUACCGGCCCGAAGAGUACAGCCGCUUCGAGUCCAAGAUCCACGACUUGAGAGAGCAGAUGAUGAACAGCAGCAUGAGCUCUGGCUCUGGCUCACUCCGGACAAGCGAGAAGAGAUCCCUCUACGUCCGAGCUCUGUUUGACUAUGACCGGACCCGGGACAGUUGCUUGCCCAGCCAGGGGCUCAGCUUCUCCUACGGGGACAUCCUGCACGUCAUCAAUGCCUCUGAUGAUGAGUGGUGGCAAGCCCGGCUCGUGACACCCCAUGGCGAGAGCGAGCAGAUCGGGGUCAUCCCCAGCAAGAAGAGGGUGGAGAAGAAGGAGAGAGCGCGGUUGAAAACGGUGAAGUUCCACGCCAGGACCGGCAUGAUAGAGUCCAACCGGUCGAUCAAAACGAAACGUAAAAAGAGUUUCCGCCUCUCUCGAAAGUUUCCAUUUUACAAGAGCAAAGAGAACCUGGCCCAGGAGAGCAGCGGACAGGAACAGGGCGUGACAUCAAACACCAGUGACAGCGAGAGCAGUUCCAAAGGACAAGAGGACACUAUCCUGUCAUACGAACCGGUGACACGGCAAGAAAUUCACUAUGCGAGGCCAGUGAUCAUCCUGGGGCCGACGAAGGACCGAGUUAACGAUGACCUCAUCUCUGAAUUCCCACACAAGUUUGGUUCCUGUGUGCCACACACCACCAGGCCUCGGCGCGAGAAUGAGGUGGAUGGACAAGACUACCAUUUCGUCGUAUCCCGAGAACAAAUGGAGAAGGAUAUUCAGGACAAUAAGUUCAUAGAGGCUGGGCAGUUCAAUGACAAUCUCUACGGGACCAGCAUUCAGUCGGUGCGGGCGGUCGCAGAGAGGGGGAAACACUGCAUCCUGGAUGUAUCUGGCAAUGCUAUCAAGAGGUUGCAACAAGCACAACUUUAUCCCAUUGCCAUUUUUAUCAAACCAAAAUCCAUCGAAGCUCUCAUGGAGAUGAACCGGAGACAGACAUACGAACAGGCCAACAAGGUCUUUGACAAAGCCAUGAAACUCGAGCAAGAAUUUGGAGAGUAUUUUACAGCCAUCGUACAAGGAGACUCUCUUGAAGAGAUUUACAGCAAAAUCAAACAGAUCAUUGAGGACCAGUCCGGGCACUACAUCUGGGUCCCGUCCCCAGAGAAACUCUGAAGAUGACCCCCACCUGCUUCCCUGUGAGCAGAAGACCUCUGAAAUCCCACCCCACCCAAGCCCUCUGCCCCAAGGGGGAGGAUAUGAAAACUAUUCCUGCCCCCUUUUUUAGAUCGUCGCAAAAUUGAGUUUUCUAGUCCUGUUUCUUUUGUUGGGAUGAACUGAUCUCAUUCAUCACGUGACUGUUCCUACCAUUCCUGCAUGGACCUUCCCACUGCUCCAUUAGAGACAGAUGAGAACCCAUUCAAGAGUUGUUUUUUAUUAUUAUUAUUAUUAUUAUUAUUAUUAACUAAACCAAGAAUCAAGAUGGGAGGAGGCGGCUAAGGACUAAUGUAAGAAACAAGUGAAACAACGGACUCUGAGAACAUGAGCUGGUAUCAGAGCUCCAGGGGCAUUUUUCCAAGUGUGACUGUCUAGCAGCUCUGAACAGUGCGACAGAAAGGCAGCAGAAGGCAUUUUAUUUAUCUGUAUAUGUAAUUUAUAUAUAAUAUAGAGAAAGAUAUUAUAUAUAUAUUAUAUAUAUGUGUGUGUGUGUGGACUAGGAAACCUGAGGGACCUCUUAAAAGGUACUGUAUUACUGCAAGGAUCUUUCAGUUUCUUUGUCCCAGCCGCUGGGCAUAGGGAGUCCACUUGGGCAGGAAGAGAUGAAGCCGGUACCACGCGCUUUGGGAGCGUCUCCCGUCCGCGCCAGCCUCCUGCCAGCCACCCCAGGCCUGUGAGCAGAGCAGAGACUGGGACGCUGCGUCUGCAGAAGGGACCAGAGGUCCGGAGUGACCCAGCAAGGAGCAGCGGCCACUGAGCUGGGUGAGGCUGGGAGGCAUUGACUGAGCAGGAGGCUGCAGAGCAAGAGAAUGGAUGAUGCUACAUAUUAAAUUGCACAUUGUUUUACACACCACCGUACGUGUUUGCAUGAGAGGUUUCCUUUUGGUUCUAUUUUUUUAAGCUGAUGUUAAACCAAAACCAUAUUGUGUUGCUGUGUUGGCUUUUUUUUUUUCACUAUUCCAUUUUUUUUUCUCUUGUUAAUAAUGAACUGAACGGGUAUAAAAUCCA